AGCGCAGCCAGCCAUAUACACUCGUCCAAAUUUGUAUCUUUCUCUAGAAAGAAGAAUAAAAAAAAACCGAUACUUUAUGUAUAUCCGUUCGCAUGGGGUAAGCUAAGGAAAAAAAAUAGCUCAGAAGGGUGAACGGGUGUAAAACUUAAUCGACCAACAAUUACUCCGUAUUAUAUUUCUCUCUUAAACAGCGUUUACGCGAGGUUUUUUCAUAUUGGAUUGCCAGCAUUGGUGACGGUGUUGCGGGUUCGUGGUGAUGGGGAGCUUGAAUGAUGAGAAACUCAGAUUUUGCAUUGACAGAGGGGGCACGUUCACUGAUGUUUAUGCUGAGAUUCCUGGACAGCCUGAAGGCCGUGUAAUGAAACUACUAUCUGUCGAUCCUUCCAACUAUGAUGAUGCUCCUGUAGAAGGAAUCAGGAGGGUGUUGGAGGAAUUUACUGGGAAGAAGCUUUCCCGCAGCUCAAAAAUCCCUACAGACAAAAUAGAAUGGAUAAGGAUGGGUACAACUGUGGCAACUAAUGCUUUGCUAGAGAGACAAGGGGAGAGGAUUGCACUCUGUGUGACUAGAGGCUUCAAAGAUUUGCUGCAAAUUGGUAACCAGUCGCGUCCAAAUAUUUUUGACCUAACUGUAUCAAAGCCUUCUAAUCUUUACGAGGAGGUUGUAGAGGUUGAUGAGAGGGUAGAGUUAGUCGAUAAUAAAGAUGAAUUAGAUUCAGACUCUUCUGCCUCAAUAUUUCAGGGCGUUUCAGGUGAGCACGUAAGAGUUGUGAAGCCUCUAAAUGAAGGAGCUCUAAAACCUUUGCUCAGAGCUCUGCUCGAAAAAGGUAUCAGUUGCUUAGCUGUUGUUUUGAUGCAUUCUUAUACUUACCCAAAGCAUGAGAUACUAGUUGAAAAGCUUGCUAUGAGUUUGGGCUUUAGACAUGUAUCAUUAUCAUCAGCUCUGACUCCAAUGGUUCGCGCUGUACCCCGAGGAUUCACGGCAAGUGUUGAUGCAUACUUGACUCCAGUCAUUAAGGAAUAUUUAUGUGGGUUCAUGUCUAAAUUUGAUGGACUAGAGAAGUUAAAUAUCUUAUUCAUGCAAUCAGAUGGAGGGCUAGCACCUGAGAGCAGAUUUUCUGGCCACAAAGCGAUUUUGUCCGGUCCGGCAGGUGGUGUAGUUGGUUACUCACAGACGCUUUUUGGAAUUGAGACAAGCAAGGCCCUCAUAGGUUUUGACAUGGGUGGUACUUCUACUGAUGUUAGUAGGUAUGCAGGUAGCUAUGAACAAGUCAUUGAAACACAAAUUGCUGGCACGAUCAUUCAGGCACCUCAGCUUGACAUAAACACUGUAGCCGCUGGUGGUGGCUCAAAGUUAAAGUUUCAGUUCGGAAGUUUUCGAGUGGGACCAGAAUCUGUAGGUGCUCACCCAGGACCAGUUUGUUAUCGAAAAGGGGGGCAACUAUCUGUCACAGAUGCAAAUCUCAUUCUAGGGCUUAUAAUUCCUGAAUACUUCCCUUCUAUUUUUGGUCCAAAUGAAGACCAGCCGCUUGACAUUGAUGCUACAAAAAAAGAGUUCGUGAAACUUGCGAAGGAUAUCAACUCCUAUAGAAAGAUUCAGGACCCCUGUGCAAAGGAUAUGACUGUGGAGGAGAUUGCGCAGGGGUUUGUGAAUGUAGCCAAUGAAACCAUGUGUCGUCCCAUAAGGCAAUUGACUGAGAUGAAAGGCCACGAGACAAGGAACCACGCUCUUGCUUGCUUUGGAGGUGCGGGACCUCAACAUGCCUGUGCCAUCGCUAGAUCAUUGGGUAUGAAUGAAAUCCUAAUUCAUAGGUUCUGUGGAAUUUUGAGUGCUUAUGGGAUGGGAAUGUCAGAUGUGGUUGAAGAGGCCCAAGAACCAUAUUCUGCUGUUUAUGGCCCUGAAUCUGUGCUUGAGGCAUCUCGCAGAGAAGCUGCUUUGCUGAAGCAGGUGAAGGAGAAUCUGCUACAGCAAGGGUUCAGAGAGGAAAACAUCACCACUGAGACAUACUUAAAUUUAAGGUAUGAGGGAACUGACACGGCAAUCAUGGUGAAAAGACCUGCUGGUGAUGAUUAUGCCUGUGAGUUUGUCAAACUAUUCAAAGGAGAAUAUGGAUUUGAACUUGUAAACAGACAUAUACUUGUAUGUGAUGUAAGGGUUCGUGGUAUUGGUGGCACAAAUAUAUUGAGGCCACAUGCAUUAGAGCCUGCCUCGUCCAUCCCUAAAGUUGAAACUCAUCACAAGGUAUAUUUUGGGGAUAAAUGGCGUGAAACUCCUUUAUUCAAGCUUGAGGGUCUGGCACAUGGCCAUGUUAUUCAGGGACCAGCCAUUAUAAUGAACGGUAACAGCACUGUGAUAGUAGAACCCAAUUGUAAAUCGAUCAUCACCAAAUAUGGCAACAUCAGAAUAGAAAUUGAGUCAACUUUGGACACAUUGAAAGUGGAGGGAAAGGUGGCUGAUGUUGUCCAACUGUCAAUCUUCAACAACAGGUUUAUGGGGAUUGCUGAACAGAUGGGCCGCACACUGCAGAGAACAUCCAUAUCCACGAAUAUCAAGGAAAGGCUUGAUUUCUCAUGUGCUCUCUUUGGGCCCGAUGGGGGCUUGGUAGCAAAUGCACCCCAUGUUCCUGUUCACUUGGGGGCAAUGUCUAGCACAAUCCGGUGGCAGUUGCAAUACUGGGGUGACAAUCUGUAUGAAGGAGAUGUUUUGGUCACCAAUCACCCUUCCUCUGGAGGAAGCCAUCUACCUGAUAUUACUGUCAUAACACCUGUUUUUAACAAAGGUGAAUUGAUAUUCUUUGUAGCAAGUAGAGGGCAUCAUGCGGAGAUUGGAGGUAUUACUCCUGGAAGUAUGCCACCCUUCUCAAAAUUCAUAUGGGAGGAAGGAGCUGCAGUAAAGGCCUUCAAGCUCGUAGAAAAGGGUGUUUUUCAAGAAGAAGGAAUCACACGCCUUCUUCGAUUCCCAACUUCUGACGGACCACUCCAUAAAAUUCCAGGAACCCGUAGGCUUCAAGAUAACUUAUCAGAUCUUCAUGCACAAGUUGCUGCGAAUCAGAGAGGGAUUGCCCUUAUAAAGGAACUUAUUGAUCAGUACGGCCUGGAGACUGUCCAAGCAUACAUGAAUCAUGUACAGGCAAAUGCAGAAGGAGCAGUCCGAGAGAUGCUCAAAUCUGUUGCUGCUGACAUGUCAGUGUCCACUAGGGAAGGUGGAGGUUUAGUCACUAUUGAAGAGGAAGAUUACAUGGAUGAUGGAUCAACCAUACACUUAAAACUCACUAUUGAUCCUGAAAAAGGAGAAGCUCUCUUCGAUUUUUCAGGGACCACUCCUGAAGUUUAUGGUAACUGGAAUGCUCCAGAAGCUGUAACUGCUGCAGCCGUCAUUUAUUGUGUAAGAUGUUUGGUGAAUGUUGACAUCCCUCUAAACCAAGGAUGCUUGGCUCCUGUGAAGAUAUAUAUACCUCCAGGUUCAUUUCUCUCACCCAGUGAUGGAUCUGCUGUUGUGGGUGGUAAUGUCCUCACGUCUCAGAGAAUAACUGAUGUCAUCCUCACUGCAUUUCAAGCUUGUGCCUGUUCACAGGGCUGCAUGAACAAUUUGACAUUUGGGGAUGAGAGUUUUGGAUAUUAUGAAACCAUUGGCGGUGGAAGCGGUGCUGGGCCCACGUGGGAAGGUACCAGCGGUGUGCAGUGUCAUAUGACCAACACCCGUAUGACAGAUCCUGAAAUUUUUGAACAGAGGUACCCUGUUGUAUUGCACAGAUUUGGGAUCAGAGAGGAUAGUGGAGGCAUUGGACUACACAGAGGGGGUGAUGGGCUUAUCAGAGAAAUUGAAUUCAAAAGGCCCGUUGUUGUGAGUAUCCUUUCGGAAAGGCGUGUGCACAGACCAAAGGGAUUGAGGGGAGGCCAAAAUGGGGCUCGGGGAUCCAAUUACCUCAUUACAAAGGAUAAUCGUACUGUGUAUCUUGGCGGGAAAAGCAUGUUUGAAGUUCAACCUGGACAAAUUCUUCGCGUUUUGACCCCAGGAGGUGGUGGCUGGGGUUCAAUUUAAUGGUCUACCGAGUGAGUGUUAUGGAAAACCCAUUUAAUUCGCUUUUGCAAUAAGAGAGGAUAGGGGGUGUUAAAUAAUGUGGAUAUAAUAAAAAAUAUGACCUUGUACCCUUUUCCCAUGACAUUUUUUUUUACUGGACCAACUGAUUUAAUUCCAAAAAUGUGCAUGUUGCAGGAACUUGUGGUGGACAGACGGUUUGACAAUUCAGGCGGCUGUUGUUCUGGUAGUGGCUUAGUCCAGAAUGACAUUUUUAUAGUGUAUGAUAAAAAUGUUACUAGGGUCGUAUUGUUACUUUUGGUUGUAGUGAAGUGGAUGGAUGUUAUUUUUUCCUUUCAAAUUAAUGUAUGUGUUGUACUUUACACAUCUUUUUCAAUUUGUAUGAAUGUUUGAUAUAUGCAUAUUUUUGUACGUAGUAUAUAUCUUUAGUCAAAAUACAUAUGGUUUUAUUGAAAGUUUAAAACUGGCCAAAUUGGUUAAACUAUCAAUUCAACCUGUGAAUUUGUACCUUGAUUUAUUUUCGUGG